AUGGCAUCGUCAGAGGUAUCAUUUAGCAGGAAGAUUACUGAAGAUCUCUCAAAUGUUGAAUUUGACACAAGUGAAGAUGUGGAAGUUAUUCCAACCUUCGAUUCUAUGAACUUGAAAGAUGAAUUGUUACGAGGAAUCUAUACAUAUGGGUUCGAAAAGCCAUCUGCAAUUCAACAAAGAAGUAUUCUGCCUAUAGUUAAAGGCCGAGAUGUUAUCGCACAAGCACAGUCUGGUACAGGCAAAACAGCUACAUUUUCUAUCUCAAUACUUCAAUCAUUGGACACCACAUUGCGUGAGACCCAAGUAUUGAUACUUUCACCUACACGAGAGUUGGCUACCCAGAUUCAAAAAGUUAUAUUAGCUCUAGGAGACUAUAUGAAUGUACAAUGCCAUGCUUGUAUUGGUGGAACUAAUUUGGGUGAAGAUAUUAGGAAGUUGGAUUAUGGACAGCAUGUAGUCUCUGGAACCCCAGGAAGAGUCUUUGAUAUGAUAAGAAGGCGUGUGCUACGAACACGUUCUAUUAAGAUGCUUGUUCUUGAUGAAGCUGAUGAAAUGUUAAACAAAGGAUUUAAAGAACAGAUUUAUGAUGUCUACCGUUAUCUGCCUCCAGCAACUCAAGUUGUAUUGAUAUCUGCUACAUUGCCCCAUGAAAUUCUUGAAAUGACUUCAAAGUUUAUGACAGAUCCUAUCAGAAUUUUGGUAAAACGUGAUGAACUGACACUCGAAGGAAUAAAACAAUUCUUUGUAGCGGUAGAACGUGAAGAAUGGAAGUUUGACACAUUGUGUGAUUUAUACGACACAUUGACUAUUACACAGGCAGUUAUAUUUUGUAAUACAAAGAGGAAGGUGGAUUGGUUGACACAAAAAAUGCAAGAGGCUAACUUUACGGUUAGUUCAAUGCAUGGAGAUAUGCCUCAGAAGGAGCGAGACAACAUUAUGAAGGAAUUUAGAUCAGGGCAAAGCCGGGUUCUCAUUACAACAGAUGUCUGGGCAAGAGGAAUAGAUGUUCAACAAGUCUCAUUGGUAAUUAACUAUGAUUUGCCAAACAACCGUGAAUUGUACAUUCACAGAAUUGGCAGAUCAGGACGUUUUGGACGUAAAGGUGUUGCAAUCAACUUUGUAAAAUCUGAUGAUAUCAGGAUUUUAAGAGAUAUUGAACAAUACUACUCAACCCAAAUUGAUGAGAUGCCUAUGAAUGUGGCAGAUUUAUUUUAA